UAUGUGUUUUCUUAACGGAAAAGCUGGAGUCCAGUGUGGCUGCAUUAGUCACAGACCCACUAUUUCCCGAACUGCCUGGAGCAGGAUGAAAACACUAAGAAGAAUCAGCUGAGUUAAUUUCCCAGCUUAUAAAGGAUUGAUGGACCUUUACGAUGACAAAAGGGACAUGAUUCUACACUCAGCACCUGUGGUACAAUGUCGAAUAUGAUUCACCUGACUGCCAUCAGUAUUUUGUAUUUGCCUGUUUUACUCUUUGAGGCAUUUGUUUUAUCCAAGGGGAAGUAUGAGAGGUCAAUUGUGCCAAGUUCUGCCACUCGCCUGGUGGCGAGGAUGGAUGGGGAUGUUAUAAUCGGUGCCCUGUUUUCUGUACACCACCAACCCUCAGCUGAGAAGGUGGCAGAGAGGAAAUGUGGAGAAGUCCGCGAGCAGUAUGGCAUCCAAAGAGUAGAAGCCAUGUUCCACGCCUUGGAUCGGAUUAACUCUGACCCAAACCUGUUACCCAACAUCACCCUGGGCUGUGAGAUCAGGGACUCCUGCUGGCAUUCCUCAGUGGCUCUGGAGCAAAGCAUCGAGUUCAUACGAGACUCUCUCAUCUCCAUCCGGGAUGACUCAGAGGGCUCCAAGUGGUGCAUUGAAGGGGGACCCUCCAGUCAGCCACCAUCAACCAAGAAGCCCAUUGCAGGAGUCAUCGGACCCGGCUCCAGCUCUGUUGCAAUUCAAGUCCAAAACCUUCUCCAGCUGUUCAACAUACCACAAAUCGCUUAUUCUGCAACCAGUAUUGAUCUUAGUGACAAGACACUAUUCAAGUACUUCCUCAGGGUUGUGCCCUCAGACACUCUUCAAGCCAGAGCCCUGGUGGACAUUGUCAAACGGUACAACUGGACCUACGUGUCUGCAGUUCAUACAGAGGGUAACUAUGGGGAAAGUGGGAUGGAAGUGUUCAAAGAGCUCGCCUCGCAGGAAGGCCUCUGUAUCGCUCAUUCUGACAAGAUCUACAGCAACGCCGGAGAAAAGCACUUCGACAGGCUGCUCAGAAAACUGAGGGAGCGUCUGCCAAAAGCCAGAGUCGUCGUUUGCUUCUGUGAAGGCAUGACGGUCCGAGGCCUGCUCAUGGCCAUGAGACGGCUCGGAGUAGCCGGAGAAUUCCUCCUAAUUGGCAGUGAUGGCUGGGCCGACCGAGUCGAGGUGGUGGAGGGAUAUGAGCAUGAGGCGGUGGGUGGCAUCACUGUGAAGCUGCACUCUGAAGAGGUCUCCUCCUUUGAUAAUUACUUCCUAAAGCUCAAGCUAGGCACCAACACCCGCAACCCAUGGUUCCCUGAGUUCUGGCAGUACCGGUUUCAGUGCCGCCUUCCUGGACACCCACUAGAGAAUCUAAAUUAUGCACGGAACUGUUCAGGUUAUGAAAGUCUGGAGGACAACUAUGUACAAGACAGCAAGAUGGGCUUUGUCAUCAAUGCCAUCUAUGCCAUGGCCCACGGGCUGCAUGACAUGCACUCUCACCUUUGUCCUGGCCAUGUGGGGCUCUGCGAUGCCAUGAAGCCCAUCGAUGGAAGCCACUUAUUGGAUUUUCUUCUUAAAACGUCCUUUAUGGGUGUGUCUGGAGAGGACAUAUGGUUCGAUGAGAACGGAGACUCACCUGGAAGGUAUGAGAUAAUGAACUUCCAGCGUGUGGUGACUGGCGUCUAUGACUACAUCAACAUUGGCUCUUGGCAUGAGGGCAUUCUCAGUCUGGAUGAGGAGAUGAUCCAGAUGAACAGCAGUGACAUGGUCCGCUCGGUCUGCAGUGAGCCCUGCUCCAAAGGAGAGAUCAAGGUCAUAAGGAAAGGAGAAGUGAGCUGCUGCUGGAUCUGCACUGCCUGCAAAGAAAACGAGUAUGUCCAGGAUGAGUUCACAUGCAAGGCCUGUGAGCUCGGCUGGUGGCCUGACAAAGAACUAGAAGGCUGUGAGUCAAUCCCCCUGCAUUACCUGGAGUGGAGCAAUCCAGAAUCCAUCAUCCAGGUGGUCUUCUCCUGCCUAGGCAUCCUGGUGACAUCAUUCGUCACCUUCAUCUUUGUUUUGUACCGUGAGACACCUGUGGUCAAAUCCUCCAGUCGGGAGCUCUGCUACAUCAUCCUGGCAGGGAUCUUCCUGGGCUACUUAUGUCCUUUCACCCUCAUCGCCCGUCCCACCGUGGUUUCCUGCUACCUCCAGAGACUUCUCGUUGGACUCUCUGCUGCCAUGUGCUAUUCAGCCCUGGUAACCAAAACCAAUCGCAUCGCUCGAAUUCUUGCAGGCAGCAAAAAGAAGAUCUGCACCAGGAAGCCGAGGUUCAUGAGCGCUUGGGCUCAGGUGGUUAUCGCUUUCAUACUGAUCAGUGUCCAGCUAACAUUGGAAGUCACUCUCAUUAUCAUGGAGCCUCCCGAACCCAUCAAAUCCUACCCAAGCAUCCGAGAAGUCUUCCUGAUCUGCAACACCAGCAACGUUGGUGUUGUAGCUCCACUUGGCUACAACGGUCUGCUCAUCAUGAGCUGCACCUACUAUGCCUUCAAGACCCGCAAUGUUCCCGCGAAUUUCAACGAAGCCAAGUACAUCGCCUUCACCAUGUACACCACUUGCAUAAUCUGGCUAGCAUUUGUGCCAAUCUACUUUGGCAGUAACUACAAGAUUAUCACUACAUCCUUCUCUGUGAGCUUAAGUGUGACUGUAGCUUUGGGGUGCAUGUUCACGCCAAAGAUGUACAUCAUUAUUGCCAAACCAGAGCGGAAUGUGCGCAGCGCAUUCACCACCUCGGAUGCUGUGCGCAUGCAUGUUGGUGAUGGCAAAAUAGCCUGCCGAAGCAACAGCCUGCUCAACAUGUUCAAGAGGAAGAAGAACGCUGGAAAUGGAAGUUCUAAUGGAAAGUCUGUGUCAUGGUCUGAACCAGGUGCAAGACAUCCUCCAAAAGGGGAUCACAUGUGGCACAGACUGUCAGUGCAUGUGAAGAGACAGGAAGCAGGUUCCAAUCAGAUGGCUGUCAUCAAACCCUUAACUAAUACCUACCAAAACACUGCCCGGGAAUUCUCAGACCUCAGCACGAAGACUUUGUACAAUGUGGCUGAGGAGGAUGAGAGUGAACCUGUCAGUUACAACCCUCCUGCUACUCCCCCUAUGAUGGCCCACGGGCAAAUGCCUGCCUGUGUGGUGAGAAAAGAUGUGGGUGAGGAGGUGGAGCUCUAUUCCCCUGAGCUUCUUUGCUUGCCUGAGCCAAAUGACAUUAUCCCUCAAAAAGUCAUCAUGGCCCACGUCCAGGAAGAAGGGGUUUUAAGCAAGUUCAACAGUGACAUCCCUGAGUUUAGCAACAUGAUUAGCAUGCCUCAGGCUGUGAGCGGUGGCAUGCCAGUCUACCAUCAGGCACAUCUCAUCCAGCAGGACCCGGUCCUGCCUAUCCACCUCGACCCCUUUGAAGAAGAGCCUGCCUUCCCAUUAGAGGAGGAGGAGGAGGAGGAAGAGGAAAUAGAGAAUGAGCAGUUUGGCCUUCUCCAUGGCUACAUGUACAACAACACCCAGAUUCAUGAUGAGGAAGACUUGGUUGAGGUAAAAUUAGCAGUGGAGGACUCCAUGGCUCUGAUGCCUCCCUCCCCUUUCCGCGAUUGCUCCGGUCCCCUGGUGAGCCCGUUUCCAAACUCACCGGUUUCUGAGUCGAUCUUGUGCACACCUCCAAACGUGACAUAUGCUUCUGUCAUUCUCAGAGACUACAAGCAAAGCUCCUCAACUCUGUAAAGGAGCACACAGUGUGUUUCAGAUUCUGCUAAACAUUCAUAUUGACAGUGUCUUGGCUGUAUGUGCUGAUAUUUAAGGAAAAUGUAUUCUGUGUUCCGACAAAUCAUUUUUCACUCAAUAGCUCAGUAGUUUUUACAGGAUAAUAGUGAAAAACAAGGUGCCAUGUUUUAAUUCUCUUAAAUAUGUUGUAUUGUAGUGAAAGAAUUUCUCCCAUACAAACAUACUGUAUAUUUUUAACAUAAGGUUUAAGAGUAGGGCAGAUUUUGUUCCUACAAGACAAAUAACUAAGACUGUCUAAGAAGAAAUGUACAUUAUGAAUUAAUGUUAUAUAUAUAUAUAUAUAUAUAUA